GGAUGUGUACACUUCCUAAUUUGCAAGAACUCCGACUUCCUGAAUUCCCCCCUUUGCUCCUCACUUCAACUCCCUCUCUCUCUCUCUGACAGGCUACAAUGGACCCAAAAGCUCUCUCCUCGUCCGCAGCAAUGGCGAAACAAACCUGGGAAUUAGAGAACAACAUCGAAACAAUAGACCCCACAACCACAACCACAACCACAACCACAACCACAACAACAACAACAUCAUCGGACGCUUCAGACGCCAUAUUCUUCUACGACGAAAGCGCACAAACGAAAUUUCAGCAGGAAAAACCAUGGGCCAACGACCCACAUUACUUCAAACGGGUGAAGAUCUCGGCACUUGCGCUCUUAAAGAUGGUGGUGCACGCGCGUUCUGGUGGUACCAUUGAAGUGAUGGGUUUGAUGCAGGGUAAAACUGAUGGUGACGCCAUUAUUGUUAUGGAUGCUUUUGCUUUGCCUGUUGAAGGAACUGAAACUAGGGUUAAUGCUCAAGCUGAUGCUUAUGAAUAUAUGGUUGAUUAUUCUCAGACUAAUAAACAGGCUGGACGUCUGGAAAAUGUGGUUGGGUGGUACCACUCUCACCCUGGUUAUGGUUGCUGGCUUUCGGGUAUUGAUGUUUCAACUCAAAUGCUCAACCAACAAUUCCAGGAACCCUUUCUGGCUGUUGUUAUUGACCCAACUAGGACUGUUUCUGCUGGAAAAGUUGAAAUUGGUGCUUUCAGGACAUAUCCAGAAGGCUUUAAGCCAGCAGAUGAGCCUAUCUCAGAAUAUCAGACCAUCCCAUUAAAUAAGAUUGAAGACUUUGGAGUGCAUUGUAAACAGUACUACUCUCUGGAUAUCACGUAUUUCAAGUCUUCGCUUGAUUGCCACCUCUUGGAUCUUCUGUGGAACAAGUAUUGGGUCAAUACUCUUUCCUCAUCUCCUUUGCUGGGAAAUGGAGACUAUGUUGCUGGACAAAUUUCAGAUUUGGCUGAAAAGUUGGAGCAGGCUGAGAACCAAAUGGCCCAUACGCGUUUUGGGUCCAUAAUCACACCUUCACAAAGAAAGAAAGAGGAAGAGCCAGCACUUGCCAAGAUCACUCGUGAUAGCACAAAGAUAACAGUGGAACAAGUUCAUGGCUUAAUGUCACAGGUAAUCAAAGACAUCCUAUUCAAUUCCGUCCGGCCAGACCGGUGUCAGGCAGAGUCAUCUGAGCCUGAACCUAUGGUUGAGGCAUGAGAGUAUGCAUUUAAUACUAGCUAAUUUCUGGAGGUGUUAUCAGCCAAAAGUUUUCUUUUAUAAAAGUUUAGAUGUAAAUCCCAUGUUGAUUUUGAGCAUCAUACAAACUUUAGGGUUCUUACACAAGGUUAUCAGUCCUCUUUGCAUAUGGGCUACAAUUGACUGCGGAUGUAUUGGUAGUUAGUAAUUAAUGGUUUAUUUUCAAGAU